AUGGACAGUAAUGUAAAAUCCGUUUUCUUUCUGAUACGUGAAGCUGUUCCUCAUCUAGCGAAAACAAAAGGCAAUAUAAUUAUCGUAUCUUCUAUUUCUAGUACGUUGACAAGAACAACAAGGGUUGUCUACUCCAUCUCUAAAGCUGCUGUUGACCAUCUGACUCGUUGUCUUGCGGUAGAUUUGGGAUCGAAAGGAAUCCGUGUCAAUUCGGUGAAUCCAGGUUUUAUCCCCACCAGAAUUUUACGGUUUCUUGAUGGCGACGUGGACGCGAUUACCAAAAGUAGGGCGGAGAUAGAGAGCACCAAGUGUAUGCUGAAGGGAAGGCUGGGAAUGCCUGAGGAUGUUUCAGAAGCGGUGGCUUUUCUGGCAUCAGAUGCGGCUGGUUUUAUCACAGGUGAGAAUCUGAAAAUUGACGGAGGCAGAGGUUUUGGGGAACCCAAUGGAUGA